UCACCGCUGCGUUGACACGUUGCACCCUCCCACACACUAACGCCACCUCGCCAGGUCUCGACUCUCAUUGUGCGAUGCGCUUGCAUUCUCUCGUGAUCAGACUCACGGAGAAGUGCACGUACAUCUAUGCACUGCAGUCACUCGGUUUAAUAGGCAGUUUGUGGAUGAACGCCACUAUCGAGAUUCAAUUUGAGGCGGAAGGACAAGCAUUUCCAGAGGACACUGACUGCUUCACAUUUGUUUUUCCUCCUGCUUGGAUGCUUGCUCUGUGGUUCAAGAAUGGCUGGACUGAACAAUGUUUCUCUCAUCACUCGUCAGCUGACAUGAGGUGCCUUGCUCCUACUCAUCAGGCUACCCACGACAGCCAGCCACAGAGCGUCACCCAGGGUGAAGACCCAUACCGCCGCCGGUAGUGUGCACUGGACUUUGUAGAGGUGGCACCAUGGCCCUGCGCAGACAGAAGAUGAUAGGCAUAGGCCUGAUGCUGUUUGUGUUGUGGAACGUGGCUGCAUAUUUGUUAUUUGCACGGCAAGCUGAUCAAGGCACCAAACCGUCGCCGACUGCUGCACCCACAGCGAUGUCGGCUUUGAACCGGCCAAGUGACCAGGGCGAGCUUGGUGGUCAAGUGGACAAGACAUCCGCACCAGUGGACGCGUCUCAGUCGCUGAAUGAACGGCUCCAACGACUCCAGGAGCAGAUGAAAGACCAGAUGCAGAUCAACGAACAGCUCCUGCAGGAUAUCAUGCAGCAAAAGGAAGCUAUUAUCAAAAGUCGAAAUCUGUCCCCCAAUCAGCCUGAUGUGGCCAAAGUGGACAUGGUGGUCCACCAGCAGGAACCCCAACCCCCGCAGACCAACCCAUUCCAGCUUCCACUGGCCAAACAGGUCAAGUAUCCGUACUCUUCCUACACCAUUCCAGUAUUGAUGAUCGCCUGCAACCGGCCCGAAGCCAUUAGACGGAGUCUGACCAAUCUGCUCCAAAUUAGACCAUCUUCCAGCCAGUUCCCGGUCAUAGUGAGCCAGGAUUGCGGACACCAAGCAACUGCAGAAGAAAUUCAAAAAUUUGGCAGCAAGGUCACCCACAUAAAGCAACCGGAUUUGAGCAGUAUAAGUUUACCGGCACAGCAGAAGAAGUUUGAAGGAUAUUACAAGAUAGCGAGACACUACAAGUGGGCCCUGAAUAAAGUGUUCCAUGAAUUCAACUACGAUGCAGUGAUAAUUGUAGAAGACGAUUUGGACGUGUCUAUAGAUUUCUUUGAGUACUUCCUGGCGACGUAUCCUUUAUUGCAAGAAGACCCAACUCUGUGGUGCGUGUCAGCUUGGAACGAUAAUGGCAAAGACUCCAGGAUAUCAGAUGACGCCGAAUUGCUGUACCGGAGCGACUUCUUUCCUGGGCUCGGUUGGAUGAUGAGGAAGGAAAUAUGGCUGGAACUAGAGUCCAAAUGGCCACAAGGGUUUUGGGACGAUUGGAUGAGAGAUCCCGCCCAGCGCAAGGACAGAGCCUGCAUCCGACCCGAGAUCUCCAGAACAGACACCUUUGGAAAAGUUGGCGUCAGCAGGGGCCAAUUUUUUGAACAGCAUUUGAAGUACAUCAAACUCAACAAGAAAUCAGUGGCAUUCACGAAGCUGGACCUGUCGUUACUGAAGAAGGAAAAUUUUGACCCCAUGUUCAAGAAGGCGGUGUACGGAGCACCCGAGGUCACAAUGGAACAACUGAAGCAGAACACAAUAGGCCAGAAAGCGGUCCGAGUCACGUACACCAACAAAAACAGCUUCAAAUUGUUGACCAAACAGCUGGGAAUCAUGCAGGACCUAAAGUCUGGGGUUCCACGAGCUGGCUACAUGGGAGUGGUCAGUUUUAUGUUUAACGGUCAUCGGGUCUACCUGGCACCAACAGAAGACUGGAAAGGAUAUGACCAUACGUGGAGUUAACGCAGGCUCUAUAAUUGGCCACCGCCAUCUCAUGAGAUUGAACUCUUGGUGGCGCUGUGCGGUCAGACCGCUAGACGUGAGCCAGCAGUGCUAGUUUGGAAUCAUGAGACUUUAGACUGGAGACCUGAUCUCACAGAAGAUGUACAUCUGAGGACGACGCAACGCCUUCAAAGCUUCUGAAAUUGCAUGGGUUCCUGGGCACCUCACGAACACUACCUGUCCUCUAGCCUGAUUGGACGUGUUCUUAAGUACGCGUACAUGCACACACGGCCUGCAGUGCUUGGCCAUGCACAGGUGGAUAUGGACAUGGUCAACCCCUGUGUCAGAGGUCUUGCGGACCAUUCUUUGACCCUAAAUCUGCGUGAGGUGAUAUUACAGGCUGUGUUCAGAGUUUUGACCAAUAGAGAGGAUGCUUUGUACUUUUUCACUUCAGACAGCAAAUGAGUGCAGCGCAAACAGUGCAAGUCUAGGUAACCAUGGUAACAGUACUCCGCGUGUGUCAAAUUCCAACUACUUACACCCUUCUUAGCAGCCUCAGGCCACAUCUAUUUCAUUCCAGAUACGGUGAAAGCUAGAAAAUAGGGUUUUUUCUUGAAAGGAGCACCGGUUCAUGUUCAGCAGGACAAACCGCUGACUGGAUUGAAAUGAUAGCAGAGACCAAUGCAGGAUGCGUUUGAUAGGGCGCCCUCGCUUGAAUCAACCGUGGGAUACACACAGGCCGCACGACCUGCGAGGCAACCGGCAUCAACCAGCAUCAGCAAAACAGCACUCACAGAGCACUCGCCAAUUGAAGUGAUUGUUUUUAUAGCAUGUCCUUCAGACAACGUGCUGGACGUGCCCAUCCACAGGAGCACACAAUGUUCAUGAAAACAGGAAUCAAUUAGGAUUCAUGUUCAGGGGCCAGUUUCAUAGUGCUGUCAAGCAGAGUUAUCCCUCGAAUACAUGCAGUGGUCCUUCUACAGUGCGUAUACAGUUCACUAAACUUGAUCACACCUGCUCACACUAUGCCACCUCUACAUGUAUUGUUUAAGUAUUUGCAGUCACUUGGUAACUGUACUUUUGUCUGGAGUAAGUUAAUGAGCCUUUUCACUGCUGUUCCUGUGUACAUGUACUGGUAAUGUUCUGCUGCUGAAGCUCUGAACUGAAGACUUUGCUGACAUUUUCGGCACUCAGCCUGAAAAUACACGCACAGAUGUAUGUAGUC